GGCGGCAGCAGCCGCAGCCCCAGCCCCAGCAUGCGCCGGCUGGACCCGGCCCUGCGGCUGCCCCGCGGCGGCCGCCGAGGGCAGAGCGGCGGCAGCGGGCGGCCUGGAUGGAGCCGACCCCGCGCCGCUGCCCCGCGGGGCGGCUCGCCUGCCCGCGGCGGUGGCGCCGGCGGCUGCGCGGCCGGCGGUGGGCGCUGGCGGCCGGGCUGCUGGGCGCCGCCGCCGCCCUCGCCCUCUACGCCUGCUUGCCGGAGCCGGCGGCGGUCCCGCGGGCCGCGGCGCGGGGCCACGUCGGCGGCGAGGUGAACGUGCUGCUGUGGUGGGAGCCCUUCGGCCGCCCGCGGCGCAUGGCCGACUGCCGGCGGCGCUACAACAUCACGGGCUGCCGCCUCAGCGCCGACCGGAGCCGCUACGGCGAGGCGCAGGCGGUGCUCUUCCACCACCGCGAUCUGGCGCUGCACGGCGCCGAGGGGCUGCCCCGCGGGCCCCCGCCGCGGCCCCCGCGGCAGCUCUGGGUGUGGAUGAACUUCGAGUCGCCCUCGCACUCGCCCGGCCUGCGGGGACUGGCCGGCCUCUUCAACUGGACCAUGUCCUACCGGCGGGACUCGGACGUCUUCGUGCCCUACGGGUACCUUUACGCCCCGCCGGUGCCCCGGCCCUUCGUCCUGCCCCGCAAGACACGGCUGGUGGCCUGGGUCAUCAGCAACUGGAACGAGGAGCACGCCCGGGUGCGUUACUACCGCCAGCUGAAGGAGCACCUCGCCAUUGACGUGUACGGGGCGCGUGGGCUGGCGCUGGCCGAGGGCAGCAUGGUGGAGACCAUCUCGGCCUACAAGUUCUACCUGGCCUUCGAGAACUCCCAGCACACCGACUACAUCACUGAGAAACUCUGGAGAAACGCCUUCGCCGCCAGCACUGUGCCCGUCGUUCUUGGACCCCACAGGGCUAACUACGAGCGCUUCAUCCCCCCCGACUCCUUCAUCCACGUCGACGACUUCCCCAGCCCCCGUCUGCUGGCCACCUACCUAAAAUUCCUCGAUAAAAACAAACCCAAUUACAGGAGGUAUUUUGCCUGGAGGAAGAAGUAUGAGGUCCACGUCACCUCUUUCUGGGACGAGCAUUUCUGCAAGGUUUGCGAGGCCGUAAGGGCAGCUGGGAAUCAAAUCAAGACUGUACAAAAUCUGGCCAGCUGGUUUGAAAGCUGAUGUUCCUGGCAGGUGAGGUGUGCCUAGCCAGCCUGUGCCAGCGGUGGACUGUGUCAAGGCAUGGGGAAGGAUGGGUGUCACAGAGAUUGUUAGCCAAGGUAGCAUGCAGAAGGCUGUCAUCAGUGAGAGAAGCAUACAGGUACAGGUAAACAAGCUGUGAAAAACCUACAAAAGGAAGAUUUUUAUUUAAGUGCAAAAUUUUGAAAGUACAAAGAAGCAUCAGGCAAGAUGAUUCUUGAAGAGCAAAGUUAAAUUUCCAGAAGUCAAACGGAUCUGAAACCUUUACAGUUGUGCACAGCUCAACAUAAAUAACCGAUGCCAAGAUCUUCAGCUGUACAGCUGAAACCAAUUUUGUCAGCUAUGACAGCUUCCUGGACCAUGAAACUUUCUUCGGCUUACGGGGGAUACGUGAUCAUUGCUGGCUUUCUGUACUCCAAAGACAAAAGUGAAUGUUUUUAACAGUGAUUAUUAUGCGUGUGAAAGCUAUUUGCAGACAAAUUCUGAGCUGCAAUUGUUGAACGUAAGAAUGUAAUGAUACAGUAGCACUUUUUAGCAAUGUUCAAAAUGGCAGCAGCCAACUAAUAAUGCUUUUAGCCAAAUCAGUUUAGGAAAAAGUGUGUGGAGGGGACUGGAUCUGAGUGGAACAAAUGGCUCAGAUGAUCUAGAGUAUUUCUUCCACUGCCUACCGAAACCACAGGCACGUUUAUCCUGUGUGAAAGUGGAGAACUUUAAGUACAGGAAAAGGCAGGCUGUAGGAAAAAAGUUGGAAUAUUUCCACCCUCCCUUUAUUCAGGAAUUAGAAAAUGUUUACAAGAAUCUGCAUGUUUUUCCCUGCAAAAUUACUGACAUUAAGGAAAAAGCAGGGAAAGGCUCAGAACUGCAGGGUUUCUAUUACUAUAUUGAAUAUGUAUACAGAAAGGCUAACUUAUUUCUCUAGUAUCUUUAGACAGUCUUCUUGUGUAGUGAUUGUAUUGGUUUUAAAAAUUCUGCCGGGUGACAGACUACUCAGAAUCCUGCUUUGUUGUUUGUAAAAUAAUAAAUACAAAAAAAAAACCCCAAAACUCAAGUCCCAAAUCACUACCUUUCAAAAAGAAAAUUACUGUAGAGAAUAAGAUCUAGACUGUUGAUAAAAUACAGAUUGUGUGAGGAAAGAAUAUGAAAAGGGAAAGUUUUACUGUUUUUUUUCCUUUGGUUUUGAGGGUUUUUUUCCAGCUCAGCUUUUUAAUCAAUAAAUGGGUUCCUAAGAUAAAACUUGCUUCUCUCAGUGACUACCCCAAAGAUUUACGGUAUUUAUUCCCUUUCGGUCAUAUUAAGGUUAGAAAAGGAUUAGAUUUGACUUGAGCAGUAAGGAUGUCAGGUAGGUGCUUUUAAGAUUUAUGACCUCGCACCCUACUGUAAUUUAUUUUAAAUUAGAUGUUCCCCAUGAUUAGGUAAGCAUGGAAUCAAGGAUUAUUGAAAAAAUCUGAUAAUAAAUUCAUUAAUAAUUUGCACAGAUUUACCAGAUUGGAUUUUGCUGUCUCCCAUGUUCAUUCCCUUCUGCUUUUGUGCAAGGAAGGAUGGCCGAAAGUACUUCAUGACCCUUUCUGUUGUUCAUGCCAGAGUUGCUGUAGAAGUUUUAUUGGCAAAGCAGAGAAGACAGUCAACGCAAUGAGGAGUGUGGUAGGGAUGGUCCCUAACGCUAUGUUUUCACCUGAACAGGUCUUCAGUGAUUGUUCAAAGCAAAAGCAUGUUCUUCACAACAUACUCAUCUGUUUCUCUACUAGUGGUUACUACUUCCAGAAAAUUGGUUUUGAUAAUUCUAAAAAUUUAAGUAUAGCAUUAACAGUAAUAGCGAAGUGUCAGGAUGAUAGAAUCUGUCUCCCUUUGAAUUAUCCUUUUUUUUCUGUUCAGUUUUUAUCACAGUUCACAUAAAUAUAUACAAAAACCUGAUCUUAAAAGUGAACUAAUAUUGAAGAUUGCACUACAUUUUAUCAAUCUGCUGAAACUAGUCACUUUUUUUUUAAGUCUUAAAUUUAUUAGCAUUUUCUGAAAGUUGCCAGGCACAGUUCUUCCCUGUAAUCAUUAGUAAUGCCACAGGCAGAAAAUCAGGCUACAGGAGCAUGAGAAUUUCCAAAGAUCACAACUGAUACUUUUUUCUCAGCCUCUCUAAGAAAAGCAGUUGAAAUCUUUUAUGAACUAGAGUUUUGUAAAGUUCAGAAAAGAGCUAUGCAAUAAUUAAAGCAUCAUGUUUGAAUAAGAUGUUCACAGCUGUGCUGUAUUUGUAAGUUACGCAUUGAGUAUAUUCAAGAAUUGCGUAAUGAAAACUGCAGUCUUGUAAUAAUUAUUGCAGAGCUCUUGCUUUGGGAUAAAACAAGCUUUUUCUAGUUUCAUAGUUCUUACGUUAGUGUUGCACACUUUCCCCUUUAGAUUAGGGAGGAAAUUAAGCCCUGGCCUACAGCUGCUGAAGUCAGUAAUACAGCAUCUCUAUAAAUCUAGUUAGUGUUUUGGCUCGUCCGCUCCACACGCUAACAGUUAGUGUUCCUGUUACAAGCUAAGGCCUGGCUUUUGUAAUUCACUUAGUAGAGCCCAAGUUCAAUGGUGAAUAAAAAGUUUGAGCAAAUUGGAUUGUAGAUGAGGUAGCAGACUCCACAAGAUAUUGCAGGUGAUGUAUAUAAUCAAUCUGUAAAAAUGAAGCAAAUGUAUUUUCUAUUUUAAGUAGAAAAAACUUUUUGAAUAUGUUUGAUAAAGUGUUUUAUUCCAUCCCUUAAAAUAUUGGGGUGGAGGGAGAGAAAGGAAAAUAAUAUUCUUCUGGUUUCUAUAAGAAGAAGAAAUAAUGGUAUUUUCUGAUUAUGGUAUAAAUGCAAUAGAGAAUUAUGUGAUCCUUUAAGUUACAUAUUGUAUCUCAGGGAAUUUUAUACUGUAAAGACUCUUAAUCUUCAUAGAAUGAAGUAACUUUGUAUUAAUUAUUUAAAUUGACACUCAAUAAAACUAAAGAAUGGAA